UGGUGAACUUCAGUCUGGUUUGGUCUUCGGUUCGCGUCGCUUCUCUUCCAGAAAAGAAAAAGGUAUAAAGCGGAAGUCGGUCAGAGUCAUCCCCCCUUACUUCGGGUUGUUCUAACGACGGCGUGGCGUGAGUGUGUGAGCAAAAGUGCUGUGUGCUGGUGGAUGUGAUGGAAAGUUUCUCAUUACAGCUCCAGACAUUUUUCUUACCAAAGUGCUAAGGACAUUCGGGAACACCGGAGCUCGGAUUGAUGCUUCUACGGUGGAGCAAGGGAAACAUCUAAUGGAAAGUGCUUAAUUUUCCCUUUUCCUAUCGAUUUUGUUCGGCUGGCGUUUUGAAUUUUCGAUUUUGGAUACCUGGAGGAAAGCUGAAAGUCGAAAUUGCGAAGGAAAAUUGAGUUUCGUGAUACAAAUUUGAGAUCGAAAAAAAAUAUAAUGAAAGUAAUUUUGGAUGGUGUGAGAAUCAUUUCAGAUUGCAAAUCUUAUCCGACCGUCCCGUGAAUGGGUGCUAGUAAAAGUUACAGAGAAGAGUACAAGAAUUAUUGCUGUGAUGGUGUGCUGAAUGAAGGCAAACUUAGUGAAUCCCAAAGCUUUUGAGUUGUUAUGAUUUUAAAUUGGUCAAGGCUUCGUUUUCGCUGGCUAUUGUCAGUAAAUUUUCUCUCUCCUAUCUUUGGAAUGUGCAAAUGUUUGGAUACGCUGUAGAGUGUCCUUCAGCUUCGGAGUGUUUUCGUUUGUGGCUCCUGUCAGCUGAAUGUCAUCAAACCUCGUAGCCUCGAGUGUGUGUGUCUGUUAGGUGUUGUGUUUAUACUCCAGGAACCCCGAGCUCUCGAAGAAAAAUUCAACCAAAAAAAAUAAUAUUUACACUGCAGCUCAGAAUCCCGUGCCAAGGCAAGGAAAGGAGAAAGGGAUAACACAAUUACAUAAAUACCAGCCAAACAACCCCAAGCCAUCAAAUUAACCCAGAUUUAACGGAAAAGAAAAAUCUCUCAAAACAACCGAAGCACGAUGGUGCAAAAAUUGCAGUUCGAAGUGAAUAAUUUACGCAAAUCAGGGAAAAUAUGGAUACAAAUUUUCCUCUCGGUGUUGAUUUUGAGUGCGCAUGUCCUGGCUGUGACAUCUCAACAGCAGCAGCAGCAACAACAGAAGGAAUUACAGCAGCAGCAAUCACCGACCAAUUUGCCAUCGUUGUCGUCGCCACAAAAACGAGGCGGUAACACAGACAGCAGCAAAGACCACUGCAAUAAAACGGUCGACAUCUACGAGGAUGUGGCCUCGCCGGAGGUGACAAACCUGAACCGAAACCGGCCCCUCACCUGCUGGUACCGAUUUCGCAGCUUUCGAGGGGCGCCCCGGGAUUGGGUGCUACGACUCAACUUCAAAAAGUUCAAAGUCGGAACGUUGCUGAAUGCGACGCAUUGCGAUGGCGGAUAUCUACAGAUUGUGGACGGAAACGCCAAAACGGAUGUGUCCAAUCGCCGGGAGCCGGGCCAAUUUUGCGGAGAGUCCGAGCAACCGCAAACCUUCAUCAGUGAAACAAGUGCCGUCAAAAUCGUCUUUCACACAGAUAAUUUUACCGAUCAGACAUACUUUGCCUUCGAUUCCCGGGCCGAGCAGCAGAUGGAAGUGUUCAAUCGGUACGGCCCUCAUCCGGAGCUGUAUCCGAAUCGACGAGGCGAGGUGGUCCAAGGGUCGUACUGUGAGCGGGAAUUUCGCGACUGCCGGCUGCAAACCUGCUACGUCCAAUCGCCGGCCUAUCCGGGAAUCUACCCGAGGGCACUCAAAUGUCGCUAUAAACUACACACCCGGCUGCCCUUCAUCAAGCUCUACAUCCAGAACGAGCAGUUCGCCGUCGAUGGCCAGAGGUGUGAAAACAUCAUGACCUGUCCAAUGAAGGAGAUCGGUUCCGGUUCAGAGCACUGUCCCUACGAUUGGCUGGCCGUUUAUGAUGGCCGAGACGAGCACGCACCGCCGAUCGGAAAAUUCUGCGGGAUGGGAAAAUUUCCCUUCAGUAUCAUCGGAACGUCCCAGCACAUGUACGUGGAGUUUGUGUCAUCCCCUGCGGGUCCUCUGCUGAACACCGGCUUCCACUUCAACGUGGGCAACUGGCCAGGGCACGUGGAAACGGUCGGAACCAAACAUGGUGCCUGCGAUUGGCUUCUCAGCUCCGAUGCACUUCGGGCUACCAGCGCUUCCGAAGGGAUCUUUCUCAGUGUGGCCCACUGGUAUCCACCGAAUACGUCCUGCAGUUACCACAUUCAGGGCAAUGAAGGAGAGAUUGUUCGGCUUUAUUUCCCAAGUUUCCGCAUCAACCGCAUCGAAGCACCAAUCAUCAAGUACGAUGAAGAUUGCGCAGAAUCGUUGACAAUCUACGAUGCUAAUCAUCCGGAUCCGGCACGCAUAAUCAAAACAUUCUGCGACACCUUCUCGCGGCCGAUGGAAAAGAUCGACUUCGUCAGCUCCGGUCGAUCGUUGUACGUCAAAUUCCUGAGCAAAACGGGUUCAUACAGCGGAAGUUCGCUGUACUAUUGGGCCCACUACGACUUCUUCAACAACACCAAGUAUGGAGAUCCGGUCCAGAACACGCUUUGUGAUGAAGUGUUCUACGCCUGGAAGUACAGCAAAGGUCAUCUGGGAUCUCCUCGGAAUACAAUGAUCUACAAAAGGGCGGCUGGCAGUGAUGUGAGGUGUCAGUACAAGUUUGUAACGGAUCGAAGGCUGUUUUCAAGGGUGGUUGUUGAAGUGACAUCGGUGACGUUUAAGGAGGUUCCGUACUCGCUGAAUGCCUGUACCCGAUGUCACGAGGAGCGAGUAGAUAAGCUGAUUCUGUGGGAGGAAAAGGACAAGAAUCAGAACAGGUUGGCUUGUUUUUGUGAUAAUAUUCCGAGGCCUGUGAGGGUGAUUUCUUCCGGAGAUCAGAUGAAUUUAGAGUUGAUCAUUCAAGGGCAGCACGCAACGACGAGCUAUUUUAAGAAUCCGAACACGCUGUUUGAGGCUAAUUACGAGUUUGCUCAUGGUCCUAUUUGUGGGCCGAUCAGCUUAGGCCCGUCUCCGGAUGGUGAACUGGUGUUCCCUUAUAAAAAUGCCCUCGGAAUGCAGUUGACUGAGAAUCGAAGAGAAAAGUGUAUCUGGGAGUUGAAGGUGGCUGCCCAGCGUGAUUUGUGGUUGCAUCUGGAUAAGGCGCGUUUUGCGGAGCGGAACUGUGAGCAUGGUAGGAUUGAAGUCUAUUUAGCCGGUAGACUUGAACCUAGAUUCAUAAUUUGUCCAGAGAAUGUGAGUUUGGCAAGGGAUUUACCGAUUCUCUCAGCAGCUGAGCUAGGAGCGGUUGAAAACGAAAACGAACCACUGCCAGUGUUGAUUCAGUAUACAGGAGACAGUGCGAUUGGUAAGAAUGCUUUCAAGUUCGUAUGGACGGAACUUUUCCACUUGCCGAGAAAUGCCGAUGGAACCCUAGCGACAUCUUCAAUGUACAAGGAUAGCUGUGACUUUUACUGUCCCGGAGAUCAGCACGUCUGUAUCCCGGAGUAUUUACUAUGUAACGGAGCCAUGAACUGUCCCAACGUAACAGGUCUACGAGUUGUGGAAAGCAAUAUUGAUAAGAACUACGAGUACAUCGAAGAAAACUACAUCCGGCCCGGCCUGUUCGAUAAAGAGUUCUUGUUGAACAUUCCCUACCUGACGGAUGAGUCCCCGGAACUCUGCCGGACCAAGUACAUUCCCAACGGGGGAGAUUUCCCGAACGUGGUCGAAUGUUUCCAUUUCCCGAUCGUGCAGAUGGUAGUGGCCGGUGUAGUUCUAAGCACCCUCAUCGUGCUGGCCUUCACCAUCUACUGCCGGCUGUAUGGCCAAAAAUACUACGACUGAGACGUGCCUCCCUCCGAUUGGGGAGAUUCCGCAGGACGUCCCAAAACCUACGUAGAAACCGUGUAGCCCCAAAACUCAACGAAACAGAACUCCUACAACACAGUUUUAGUUAGUAGUUGUCGAAAUUAGAACAUAGCGCAAACAGGAAAAGGGCAGUGGCACUUGGUGUAGUGUAUAAUUUUGGAAUCUUUGAAAUUUGAUUGAAUUUCCUAAAUAUCAAAAUUUUUGGUUUCAGGAAUUCGGUUCAAAAUUUCCAAUUUUGAUCUGAUGAUGAAUAUACUUUGAAUUUGGACUAUGAAGGAUUCUGAUUCAGAAUUCGAACAAACAACUUAGAUAAAAUUGAUGAUCGCUAAUUCUUAGCAGAAUACAAAAAGGAAAUUCAAUAUUCAUAAUAAAAAUAGUCGAUGCGGACACAGAAUUUGAAAUGCAAAGUUUAAAAUCAUAUUCAGACUUCAGGUUUAGAAUUCCAAAUUAUAAUUUCAUAACAGAACUCGGAACUAAAAAAGGCCAUUAUUCAUUUGACAUUUGAUAUUUGAAUUCAAAAGUCUGUAAGCAAAAGUGAAGCUGUAAAUUUCUGCUAAAUUGAUAAAAAUAAAGGUGGUUAAGAUGAAACUAAGUUUAAAUUAUUUUGUAGGUUGCAUGAUGCAUAAUCUGUUAUUCCUCUAUUCGGUAUUCUACGCUCAACUCAGUUGAAGUUAAGAUUAGUUUCAAAGAAAUUCCAUUUACUGUUGCCUGCCAUCAUUUUCCAGUGCCACUACCCAUAAAGAAGCAAACAAAUGCCUUCAUUUUUCUUAGAAUCUCAGAACACAUUCUCUCUUUCUCGGAUAGAUUCAAACCCUACGGUCAUAGGCAAUAGAGACACAAAUUUCAAACAAGGUAAAAUUUAAUAAAGAAAAACAAAAAACAAAACUCACCCACAAACCAAACUUUAAAGUGCACUCCGAUCGAUAAUCGAUAUACCACAAACAAAGAAAGGUUGAACAAAAAUAUAGAAGAAAAAAGAGGAAAUAGGAAGAUUAGAUUUCAGAAAGCUGCAUUUGAGGAGUUUGCCUUCAGCCAGUCCGGAUCAAAUUCUGCUUGGCUUCGUUUCAGAAGUUUGCUUCGAAGGAAAAAUUAUUACUGGCAUUCUCGAGGGAUGGAAACUACAACAUCGAAAGCUCGCCAACUGGAAGAAGAGACUUUCCUCAAGGGCAGUUUUCUGGGCCGAAAUGAAUAAAUAUAGGAAUAUUCAGUUUCAGGAUAGCGAGAAAAGGAAAUAAUUUACUCCAUUUGUUGAAACUUUUCCGUAGGACGAAUUUAAAGUAAUUAACAAAGAAAAGAAAAAUCUCCAGAAAAAAAACUUUUGCUGCCGGCGAGCUAGUAAAAAAGUAAGAAAUUUAAAAAGUGAGAUCCAAAGCAAAAGUGGAAUGCAAUUUAAUGUUGACAAUUCAUUGAUCGUUUUUAAUCCACCCACGCUACGAAAGUGGAUAGGGUGGAUUUUUGUCAAGAAAGUGCAGGAAAAAAAACUAAAUAAGAAAUAUCACUGUCCCACGGAUGACAUUGUUUGGUAAAGAAAUAAAAAAGAUAUAGUGAAAACGUUAUUUAAUGAAAAAAGAUUAAAAACAAAUGAAAAAAUUAAGCAGCACUGCACAAUUUGUAAAUAAGCAAUCCAACAAAAGAAAUCGUGAAAAUGAACAAAUUUACCGAGAUGACAUAGGAAAAUAAAAAAAAAUAAUUCAAUUAUAUACAACUGCAAAACCAAACAAAAAAAACAUGUAGAAAAAUUCGAAAGAUGAAGGUUAAUAAAUACUAAGAUGAUAUAGAAACAGAA